AGAUGCUCGAUUACGUCACUUCCGCUAAAGAAAAUGCGUAAUCUGGCAGUUCUUUCAAAAACAUUUUAACGAACUCCCGUGCAGUUCGACAUUUUAAAUGUACUCGCAUCACAAUUCUACUUUAUAGAGAGAGUCUAUGAAGACAAACCCCACACAACGAUGCUCAGUAGCAUCUGGGGAUUCGUAAAGCGCCACAGACGCAAAUUUUUGUUCACCGGGGCCGUUGUAGGAGGUGUUGUUCUCCUUGGAAAAUAUGCAAGGUCAAAGAUCCAGCAACUUCAAGAGAAAGAGGCAGCAGACUGCCUAGCACAUGCAAGGCGUCAGCAUCAUUUUGACAGUAAUCAAAGGACAUGCAAUAUGACAGUGUUGUCCAUGAUGCCUAACCUAAGGGAGACCUUAAUGAAAGCUCUCGACUCUGAGCAUCUCACUGAACAGUUGAAAGCAAGGCCAGCAAAUAAGCUUGAAAUAUGGGAGGACUUAAAGAUUACAAGCUUUUCACGAACCCUGGUCUCUAUGUACAGUGUAUGUAUGGUUGUGGUCUACCUUAGGGUACAGUUAAACAUCAUAGGUGGAUACAUGUACUUAGACAACCUGCUGAACAGAAAUGGCACAACACCUGAGCUUGCUGUAGCCUCACCUGAGAUUCAACAGAAAUACCUGGCCAAUGUGCAGUAUCUUCUAGGUCAAGGUCUUACACAACUCAUUACUGAUGUAACUGACAUUGCGAAACACACAUUAGAAAAUAUAUCUCUGAAAGAAAAGCUGACAUUUGUUCAGCUGAAGGAAGUUCUUCAGAAAGUACGUCACCAGAUGGAAUACAGACGUCAGAAUGGAUAUUAUGAUGCUUCUGCGACAUCAUUGUGUAAAUACAUACUCCCAGAGGAUAUAGGCCAUGAUGAGGCAUGCUCCUUGUCAGUGGAGGAAAGGACCAUGAACAAACUGAUGAGGGAAACUACAGAUAUGGUGGAAAGCGGUGACUUCCACUCUGUACUGACCAACUGCUUGGAUUCUAGCUUCAUCAUGAUAUAUCAGAAACUCCAUGAUUUCUACAGAGAAACAGAUGAUGAAUCCAUUCCUCUAGCCAAACUUAUCCCAAUGGUUAAUAGUCUGAUUCAUACAACAUGUGGGGAUUCACCAAACUUCUUCAUACAGGAGAUAUUACUGAUGGAACAAGUCAAAAACUUUGCUGCAAAUGUUUAUGAAGCCUUUAGCCAAGUAUCUAAAGACUAAAGGGACUCACAACAUCUAGAACAUUAAAUCAUUAUAAAAGUGAGACAUACACAAAGAAAUAGAACAGCAAUUGUGAAUGAUAUGGAUUUACAAAUCAGAUCCAGUUAUUUUGGAUAUAAGCUAUACAGUAUUUCUAUUUUUAUAUAAAAGGAGAUUAGAAAUGCUCCUCAUUUGAUGUGUAACAGCUUUGUUGACUUAAAAAUUGACAUGCACAUCAAGAAGUGAAAUUAACAAUGCUUGUUAAACACCAAAAAGUAGUGACUUAUUGUUAUGGUCUCCGUUUUUUGUGGCAACGGUUGGCAAUUGGCGGUU